CACGGAAGCUAAAAGCCUUCAUCCUGUUAGCAACUGCAACGUCAUUUUCAACGAGUGGCGCCGCUGUCGUGUACGUUCUCCCAGUCAUCGACAGUGCGCUACCGACGUUGAAUGCGAGUUGCAGCUGAGCAACAAAAUCCUGCGAAGAUGGCCGGCCGGAUGAUGCAAGCAGCGCGAUGCCCGACAGACGAGCUGUCUUUGACCAACUGUGCUGUCAUUAACGAGAAAGACGUGCAGAUUGGACAAUAUGUGACGGUGAAGACCAAUCCCCCCCACAAGUAUGUGUUUACAGUUCGCUUCCAUCAGAGCAUGCCACCUGGAUCCAUCGGCUUCAGCUUGCCCCAGCGUGGCCUCUCAGAGGAAAUGGGCUGGAAUCUCUAUUGGUCAGGAUGUGGAAGUCACCAGCUACAAUUUUGACAAGGCAAAACAGUGUGUGGGCGCCAUGACAGUGGAAAUCGACUUCCUGCAGAAGAAGAAUGUGGACAGCAGCCCCUACGACACUGACAAAAUGGCCGCAGAGUUCAUCCAGCACUUCAACAGCCAAGCUUUCAGCAAGGGCCAGCAGCUUGUCUUCAGCUAUUGUGACAAGUUGUUUGGCAUUGUGAUCAAGGAUAUAGAGGGCAUGGACUCCAGCAUCCUCAAGGGAGAUGCGAGCACGGGCAAGAAACAGAAGAUUGAGAUUGGUUUGUUGCUUGGCAACAGUCAGGUGAUUUUCGAGAAAGCGGAGAGCUCUUCUGUUCAGCUCAUUGGGAAGGCCAAAACCCGAGAGUCUCGGCAGUCCAUCAUCAACCCGGACUGGAACUUUGAGCGCAUGGGCAUCGGCGGCCUGGACAAGGAGUUCUCCGACAUCUUCCGCCGGGCCUUUGCGUCACGAGUCUUCCCUACCGACAUUGUGGAACAGAUGGGCUGUAAGCAUGUGAAAGGUAUCCUGCUCUUCGGGCCUCCAGGAUGUGGUAAGACACUGAUGGCCCGGCAGAUCGGGACGAUGCUGAACGCUCGCGAACCCAAAGUGGUCAACGGCCCCGAGAUUCUCAACAAGUACGUGGGCGAGUCCGAGGCCAACAUCAGGAAGCUCUUUGCCGACGCAGAGGACGAGCAAAAAAGGCUGGGUGCCAACAGUGGGCUGCACAUCAUCAUCUUUGACGAGAUCGAUGCCAUCUGCAAGCAGCGUGGCAGCAUGGCUGGCAGCACUGGCGUCCACGACACCGUAGUCAACCAGCUGUUGUCCAAGAUCGAUGGGGUGGAGCAGCUCAACAAUAUCCUGGUUAUUGGAAUGACAAACAGGCCUGAUCUGAUUGAUGAUGCCCUGUUGAGACCUGGCAGAUUGGAGGUGAAAAUGGAGAUUGGCCUGCCCGACGAACAUGGACGUGUCCAGAUCCUCAACAUCCACACGGCCAAGAUGCGCGACUUCAACCUGCUGGCCACAGACGUCAAUGUUAAGGAGCUGGCAGCCGAGACCAAGAACUUCAGCGGUGCUGAGCUGGAGGGGCUGGUCCGAGCCGCCCAGUCCACGGCCAUGAACCGCCACAUCAAGGCCAGCAACACCGUUGAAGUGGACAUGGAGAAGGCAGAGAAGCUGCAAGUCAGCAGAGACGACUUUCUGGCCUCCUUGGAAAACGACAUCAAACCGGCCUUUGGUACCCACCAGGAAGACUAUGCCAGUUACAUCAUGAAUGACAUCAUAAGGUGGGGCGACCCAGUGACGGCUGUGUUGGAUGAUGGCACACUGCUGGUCCAGCAGACCAAAAACAGCGACCGUACCCCACUGGUGUCCGUUCUACUGGAGGGGCCGCCACACAGCGGCAAAACCGCCCUGGCUGCCAAGAUUGCAGAGGAUUCCCAGUUCCCCUUCAUCAAGAUCUGUUCUCCAGACAAGAUGAUUGGCCACUCGGAGAUCGCCAAGUGCCAGGCCAUCAAGAAGAUAUUCGAGGAUGCCUACAAGUCUCAGCUAAGUUGUAUUGUGGUGGAUGACAUUGAGCGGUUGCUGGAUUAUGUCCCAAUUGGACCUCGGUUCUCCAAUCUGGUUCUGCAAGCUCUGCUGGUGCUGUUGAAGAAACCACCUCCACAUGGCCGCAAACUGCUGAUCGUCGGCACCACGAGUCGGAAGGCCGUGCUGCAGGAGAUGGAGAUGCUGGACGCCUUCAGCACCAAGAUCCACGUCCCCAACAUCUCACAAGGAGAGCAGCUGGUGGAGGCCCUGGAGAUGCUUGGUAGCUUUCAGGAAAAGGAGCGCGCCGUCAUUGCAAAGGAGGUGAAAGGCAAGCGUGUGUGGAUCGGCAUCAAGAAACUGCUGAUGCUCAUCGAGAUGUCCCUGCAGAUGCAUGCUGAAUAUAGAGUUAGCAAGUUUCUGUCCUUGCUCAGGGAAGAAGGAGCGUUGGAUUCGGACCUUCACAUGAGGAUAUAGGGACGCUCUGAUGUCACAAUGCCCUGCAGACAUUUAUGUGGCCAAGGAGGACAAGACCACGGGCAGCUUGUGUUGGGAAGAGAGGGAGAGAGAGAAGGACGCUCUCUUUCGGCUCCUUCCGGUCUCUACACGCACUGAAACAUGAGUGUUUGUCAGUGGUGAUGGUGACCUGCCAGUGACACUACCACCCCCACCCCCCCAUCCCCAGCUCAACGCUGUUCUGCGGAUCAACCAGAACACACAACUCCCCUCUGUGGCUCCUCAACGUUGUCCUCCGAUGCACGACCGGCCCCACACUCCCCUGAGUUGUUCUGUAUAGGUGUCUCAUUGUUUCUAGUGGAUAUAUCAGUGGUCGAUGUAAAAGCUGGCCUGAACUGUGUGUGUGUGUGUGAGUGUGUGUGUGCGCGAGUGUGCGUGUGUGUGAGUGUGCACACUCAAGCAUGUCUGUGAAAAAGCUGCUGUGCUGAGUUUGAUUAUAUUUGCAUAGACUUAAGAAGAAAUCAUUCCACCAACAAAGAACAGUUUUCUUCCUAAUGCCUUAUCUGUGAUCUUUCUCUCUCUCUCUCUCUCUCUCUCUCUCUCUCUCUCUCUCUCUCUCUCUCUCUCUCUCUCUAUUUCUUUCUCUCACCCUUGUUCUUAAUGAUUAUGCUAGUGCCUGAGCUCACUUAACUGUUUUAUGAUGAUCGUGUUUCUAAUUAAGGACACUAGUUGUGCUUUUCCUGACCAAAUCCUCGAUUGUGACUCUGUUACUGUUGUACUUUUGUAAAAUAAUUUGUUUUUCACUGAAGUGUUUCAGCUCACUGUUGUGCCUUUGCAUGAAGUAGCAUUAGGGGAAUAGUUUGACUAGCUGUUGUUGCAUUUAAUAGAGGUGAAGGAUUUGUGUGUGUGUGUAUCUCUACAGCCAAAGGGAAACUGUGAUUUCUCCGAUCUUAGGAAAAUGGAUGGAUGUCUCUGUAGUGUAGAAUGGCUAACUUACACCAUCCUCUUUCACCUAAAAAAAAAAUGGCCCAUCCUUUUUAUUCGACGCAUCAGAGACCCAAACGGCUAACUGCACCAAGAUGGCCAAACUGGAAAGUAUGGUCGGAUUGGCGAGCGAGGCUACGAGCGGUGAUGUCAUCGCCACGGAUUUUUAAAGUGCUGUGCACCGAGAAUCAAACGCGCUGACCCAAACUCCCCUGGGCCCAAUGUGUGCCCCGCAGCGCUGGCUGUUGGCACAGACCCCACACUCCUUCUCUUCUGCUCCCUCUAUCUCUCGCUUUUGUUUUUCCUCCCUUCUUCAACCAUCUGAAGAGCCAGAAAGGAAAAUGACUGACUCUCUCUUAGUUAGUUCGUCUUCACAUCCAAUCUAUCAGUACGGGAUAGUAUAGCAUCACACAAAAUCCCACCACAACACUCGUCUCCAGCACAGAAAUAUCAGACGCAAACUUCCAGUCUCUGUCAGAGGCAGGAAUGUUUUCCUAGUUUUCCAUGGACGCUAUAAGGGGAAGGGGAAGGGGAAGGGGGGGGGGAACUGUCUUGCUGGCCACCUACACACUAGUCUUGAAGAGGUCAUAAAGGCUUAGGUAAUGCUUAUAACUGGGUAAUGUAAGGCUCAUGACCAUUGUCACACUUCCAAGAAGCUACCCCAAAUUAUCUUGCCACACAGUAUGAAUACAGGGUGACUGAUGUCUCUUCCACAUGUCAUUUAAUCCAGCCUGCACAUCAGUGUUUCCCUAUGAAGGAAAAUACUGUAUAUUAGUAGAUUUCAGUGCUAUGUAGAGAUUUUUAACGUCUCGACCUGCAGUCUUUGUGUGUGGAAUGUAUAGUGUCAAACGUGGUGAAGCCAAGAACACAGUUGUGCACAGUACAGACGAACACAGUGCCGUUAUAUAAUCUUGAUGUAUAUGUUUCUAACAUUGUGAUUGAUAUUGGAUGCUCUAUAAAACAGUGCGAUCUUGUCCGAGUGCAAUUUUGAUUGCAAUAAAGAUACACUAAAAUGAGAA